AUGGCCUCGGCCGCGCGCCGCUCUCGUGCCUCGCGCCGCCACGCGCUGGUCGCGUGCCUCGCGCCCAUGCUCGUCCGCGGCGCGGCGCCCGGUUCGACGCGCUACGCGCUGCGCGUCGCCUACGACGGCACGCGCUUCAAGGGCUGGCAGGUGCAGCCCGGCGGCGCGCGCACGGUCCAGGGCGAGCUCAACGCGGCGUUGCGCACGCGCUUCGGCGGCGCGGAUAUUCCGACGCUCGGCGCGUCGCGCACGGACGCGGGCGUCCACGCGCGCGGCCAGUGCGCCCACGCGGACCUGCCGGUCGCGCCGCUCGGCGGCGCGCCGCUCGAGCUGUUGGAGCACCAGAUCAACCGGCUGCUGCCCGACGACGCGCGCGUGCACGACCUGCGCCCGGCGCCGGCGCCCAAGCCCUGGCAGGCGCGGGAGGGCCUGCCCUGGCACGCCAUCGCCAACGCCGCGGGCAAGCGCUACGCGUACCGGCUGACGGCGCGGAGAGGCAGCGCGGACCCGCUGGGCCGCCUGUACCGGGGCCACGUCGCCUACCGCGACGUCGACUUCGGCCGCCUCGACGACGCGCUCUCGUGCUUCGUGGGCGAGCACGACUUCGCGGCCUUCGCGAACAACGCGCCGGGCCUCGACCCGUCGGGCGCGGCGCGGUCGACGACGCGCGCCAUCCGGUCGGCGACGCUCCUCGACGAGGGCGGCGGCGACGCGACGCUGACCUUCGAGCUCGACGGCGCGCUCUACAAGAUGGUGCGCAACGUCGUCGGCGCCGCCGUCGCCGUCGCCGACGGCGCGCUGCCCCGGGACGCGAUCCCCGCGCUGCUCGCGCCCGGCGCGCGCCGCGCGGACAACCCGGCCAAGGCCGCGCCCGCCUGCGGCCUCUGCCUCGAGGAGGUGUACUACGACGACUACUAG